UUAUAUUAAAAUAACUUUUUACGUAGUUUAGUGGUAUGAAUAUAACGUGACGGUAAAAAUAUUGUUCGCCGUUUCUGUGUAUAAAACUAUGAUGAAAACUGUCAACUGUGUGUGAGAAGGCGUGACGGAGGCUUUUCACUGGCGGGUAUCACACGACCGCAACGAUAGCCUACUCGGAACACUCGAAAAACGAACAAGAACUGCACGCAUAAGUUGAAUAUGAUCGUCUAAAAUUCAACAAAAUGGAGUCUUCGGAAGACGAAUUCUAUAGCAUAUGCCUCAAUCUCACCAGCGAAGAAAUCGCCAGUGUUGGUGGAUGUAAUUAUAGUACGGAGUUUGAAAAUGGCGAGUUGCUUGAGAAGGUCGUGUCCAGAGUUGUACCAAUCUUCUUCGGUUUUAUCGGAAUCGUUGGCCUAGUUGGAAAUGCAUUGGUAGUUCUUGUCGUGGCUGCAAAUCCUGGAAUGAGAUCAACGACCAAUCUUCUGAUAAUAAAUUUAGCAGUAGCUGACUUACUCUUUGUUAUAUUCUGUGUACCUUUCACUGCAACUGACUAUGUGAUGCCGCGAUGGCCUUUCGGUGAUUGGUGGUGUAAAGUCGUGCAAUAUUUCAUUGUCGUUACUGCCCAUGCAUCCGUAUACACCUUAGUGCUGAUGUCCUUAGACAGAUUCAUGGCUGUGGUGCAUCCCAUUGCAUCAAUGUCUAUAAGAACAGAGAAGAACGCACUUCUAGCAAUAGCCUGUAUUUGGGUUGUGAUUCUGACAACAGCCAUUCCUGUCGGAAUAUGUCAUGGCGAGAGAGAAUAUUCGUACUUCCAUAGAAACCAUUCCUCUUGCGUAUUUCUGGAAGAACAGGGUUACAGCAAAUUAGGAUUUCAAAUGUCCUUUUUUCUAUCAUCUUAUGUAAUUCCAUUGGCCCUUAUUAGCGUACUCUAUAUGUGUAUGCUCACGAGACUGUGGAAGAGCGCACCCGGAGGUAGAGUGUCAGCAGAAAGUAGAAGAGGGAGGAAGAAAGUGACGAGGAUGGUAGUGGUUGUCGUCGUUGUGUUUGCAGUGUGCUGGUGCCCAAUACAGAUAAUCCUGCUAGUGAAGGCGCUGGACGCGUACAAUAUAACUUACUUUACGGUGACCGCCCAGAUCGUAUCCCACGUUCUGGCGUACAUGAACAGCUGCGUCAAUCCAGUGCUGUACGCGUUCCUGUCGGAGAACUUUAGGGUGGCUUUCAGAAAGGUGAUGUACUGUCCGCCGCCGUACUCCGAGGCUAUGUCAGGACGACCACAGCCAACCAAGACAACACGAACUGGCAACGGUAACUCCUGCCACGACAUCGUUUGAGAAUCACUACGCAGUCGCACGCACAUCACAUCCGAUCAAGCAACUAUAGUAUAAAUUACUACUUGUGUGCGACUCAUAAAUAAUCAUUUGUUAUUAUGUAACAGUUACCAUUUUACUUGUUGAACCGCAUAUAAUCAACAAUAAAGCAAAUUUAAAAUUAUGAAAAUGCAAAUCUAGAAAUAGAACGUAUAAUCCAAUUAUACAAUUUGUUCUUUCGUAGUUAAAUAUAUAAUA